UCUAUAAAUAGGCACUACGGCUUGCAGGCAAUGUCAGUUUCUAUACAAAAAUGAAUUGUGAUCAGCUUUUGUAUCUGAUGUCCGCCCUGGCAUUGGCCUCCGGCGCGGCCAUGGUCUCCGAAAUGUAUCCAAUAAUGGGCCUGGAAGAGCAGACCGGAGAACUGCUGACUAUAGCUAUCCAAUUUUUGGACGAACAACUCGACAAAUUGGCCAACAUAAGUGCUGGUGCAGUUAGCUACAAAGCCCUCCAUCUGACCAGCGUGCGGAGCCAGGGAGUUGCGGCUAAGAAAUUAACCUACGAAACGCAACUGACAACUGGCUUUGUGACCGAGAAGUGCGAUGUGAGAAUCUGGCAUCAAUUCUGGCUGACAGACAACACGGACAUCAAAAUCAGCUGCGAAGAUGCCGAAAGUCAGGAGUACUUGUUACACACAAAUAUCAGUUUUUGAAUACGCCUUU